ACCAAGUUGGACGACUUCAAGCCCAACAAGGCCUCGCCGCUCACUGUCGAUGCUGGACAGUGAAUUUUCGACACGGCUGAGAGGCUCAAUGGAGAAGGACUUCGACUUGUUGCUGUAGCUUGUAAAUCGUCGGUUGCCCUGCCUUUUAUGACGUUGAACACCAAUGACGUGACCGACGGUUGUCUUCAUCCGACUUGUUGGCUUUUUGGAUCCUUUGUAACCCAAUGCUUCUGAGGCAAUCAAUAGGCUUGCUAAGCUGGGCGUCCAGGUCAAAAUUCUCACUGGCCUGCCAAAGUCGCCUGAAAUCUUGGUAUCCUUCCUUCCAAGUCAUCCUCCCCCAAUCACCUCAGCAUCCCAGAGGACGAGAAAGACUUGAUGAUUACGGGAUCACAGCUGGCUGCACUUUCCACUGGUCAAGCCGCAAAGUUUGAUGCGGUUCUGGAAUGGUGCAUUAUUUUCGCAAAGGUCCUCAUCAGAAACUUCAAGUCAUGGAAGGGUUACGUAGUGGUGGAGGGGGCGGAGUUGUCGCAUUUUUAGGCGACGGAGUUAACGACGCCUUGGCGAUUCGCGUGGCUGAUGUCGAAAUUUCUGUGGAUUUGGGAACUGAGAUCGCCAAGGAGGCUGCCAAUGUUAUUCUGUUGGAAAAAAAUCUUGAUGUCAUUGCCCAUCGUGUUUUGUUCAUCAAUACAAUCAAGUACAUCAAGAUGGCCACCUCAUCCAACUUUAACAAUGUUUUCUCUGUCCUCGCGUGGUUGCCUUACCAGCCAAUUCAACCACUCCAGCUUCUCUUCCAAAACUUGCUGUAUGAUUCCUCCCAGGCUACAAUUCCUUGGGAUAACGUCGACCCGGAAUAUCUCGCCGCUCCAACCACUUGGAAUGCCAGGUCAAUUGCACGCUUCAUGAUUUUUUUGGGCCCAACUUACAGUGUAUUCGAUAUUUGUACCUUCCUUAUCAAUUGGUACCCAUUCGGAAUCCGAGACCAACAUUCUACCCUGGUUCCACUUGCCCAGACUAAUUGGUUUUUGGAGGGUGCAAUAACUCAGCUCUUUAUUAUCCAACUCCUCCAAACAGGAAAAAUUCCCAUUAUCCAAUCACGAGUGUCUGUCUCCAUUGUAGCCCUGACUACUUUGGUCAGUGGCAUAGUAUUCGCCAUUCCUUACAUUCCCAAGCUUAGUGCUGUACUGGGGAUGUCACGUCCUAAACCAGAGUUUUAUGGCUUCUUGGCGGCCAUGGUCAUGGGCUAUGUGAUUUUGGUCCACAUUGUGAAGGUAAUCUAUCAACAUAUGUUCAAGGAGUGGCUUUAG